AUGGCGACCAAAUACGUAGACCGUCCGAUCCCACAAAUCUCGCUCGCCGACUUUGAUUAUCGCGUCAACACUAUCACCGAGCAACUCCGCUCUGCUGCCGAAAACGUUGGAUUUUUGGCCAUUGUGGACCAUGGCAUCUCUGGAGCUGAAAUAGACGCCAUGUUUGCGCUCUCGGAAUCCUUCUUCAAGCUUCCCGAGACGGCCAAAAAGACUGUGCCAAUGACUCCGCUGAACGUCGGUUACGAGUGUAGAUCGCAGGUUCGACCAUCGACUGGCGUUGCGGACGAAAAGGAAUCAUAUCAGCUUCAAUUCGGCGAGAAUAUGGAGGGCUGGUGGAUCAGCGAUGAACACUUACCGGGAUUCAAAGCAGAGUCUUUGGCCUUCAUGCAUCGCCUUCAGGGCGUUUCUGAGAAACUGAUGGUUUGCUUUGCGAAGAUUUUGGACUUCCCGGACGACCACUUUGUAAAGGCGCAUGACGUUUCGCGUCCAAACUGCCAAUCUGUUCUACGGUUGCUACACUACUUCGAGAUACCUAAGAGCAGCGAUGGCAAAGUCUACCACCGCGCGGGGGCCCACGUCGAUUGGGACUUCCUCACCCUGUUGCUCCAGCGUAAGGAUCAGUCAGGCCUAGAAAUAUGCCCCGGGAGGGAGGUGGUGACGGAAUGGGCAGCAGGCGAGGCAUGGACCAAGGUGGACUGCGCCCCUGGCCGCAUCGUGUGCAAUAUUGGGGAUCUUUUGAUGAGCUGGUCCGAUGACCGAUUCAAAAGCACCUUUCAUCGUGUGAAAGCCCCCGUGGAAGAAGGGGACAACUACAACGAGCGAUACAGCAUCGCCUUCUUCAACCAGCCUUGCACUGAUGCACUGAUCCAGGGCCCCAGGAAAAAGUACCCCAUGGUCAGUGGGAAGGAUUUUACGACAAAAGUGUAG